CAGCGGCGGCGGUGGAGGACGGAAGCCUGCUGGACCAGGUGCACCAGGUGGCGCUCUAGCGCGCUGAGAUGCAGCUAAGGCUGCUGCAGCUGCAGGCGGCUGGCGCGGCUGGCGUGGACGAGAUCGGCAUGGAGGCGACCAGCUCAGCACCGAGUCCCGGCCUCAGCCCGGGACUUAGCCCGGGCCUCAGCCCUGGCCUCAGCCCGGGACUCAGCCCCGGCCUCAGUCCAGGCCUCAGCCCGGGGGCGCUCAGCCCGGGCCUCAGCCCCGGCCUCAGCCCCACUGGGAUUACCUCCGUGUCCGGGCCGGACAGCCCGGGCCUGGGCACCGUCACGACCGUCACGGGGAGCUUCAGCCACCACGGCUUCACCAGUGUGUGCGUGAAGAAGGAGGAGCCCUCCGGGUCCGAGCCCUCCAGCCCACUGGAAGCGCUCAGCCCGCCCAGCCUGGCGUCCAAAAACGGUGAUAUACACCUUGAUCCUUUCGCCGUGUCCUUGAAACGCGUGCGUAACAACAACAACAACAACAACAACAACAACAACAAACAAGAACUGAGUGUCAAACAAUAA